CUUCCUUAAAACUGUCGGAAGACUGUUCAAAAAGAUCCUCUCUUUUUCUGUUCCCUUCCUCUCCCUCUUCUCCCUUUCUCCAAACAUAUACACACCCUGGAUUCGCUUGCUAGAACAUCCCUAUGACAAUGUCGUGGAAACUCACUAGAAAACUAAAGGAGACGCACUUGGCUCCUUUGACCCAAACAUUCACCCGAUCCUCCUCCACAUCCACCAUCAAAGGUGAUUCUGGCGAAGAGACCCCCGUUGUUUCGCAAACCCCCAGUAUCUCCACAACAAACUCCAAUGGAAUCAAUGCCUCGGAGUCACUCGUCUCCCCGCCCGUGGCCCCUGUCAAGCCCGGAAUCCUGAUCGUCACCCUCCACGAAGGUCGAGGCUUCUCUCUUUCCCCCCACUACCAACAGAUCUUCAACUCCCAUUUCCAGAGCAGCGGUUCCUAUGGCAUGCGUCCAAGCUCUUCGUCAUCCCACUCUGCACACGGACAGGCCGCCUCCUACGUCCCCAGCGGUCGCCCUCAAUCCACCAGCGGGGGUAUCAAUGCCGCUCCGACCUCCCACGGUCGCUAUUCGACCAAGUACCUCCCCUAUGCCCUUCUGGAUUUCGAAAAGAACCAAGUUUUCGUCGACGCCGUUUCUGGUUCCCCCGAAAACCCCUUGUGGGCUGGAGACAACACGGCGUAUAAGUUUGAUGUGUCGCGCAAGACGGAAUUGAACGUCCAGUUGUAUUUGCGGAACCCCACGGCUCGUCCUGGCGCUGGUCGCAGCGAGGAUAUCUUCCUCGGCGCCGUCAAGGUACAUCCUCAUUUCGAAGAGGCUCAGCCCCAUGCGGAAGACCCCAAGUCCAAGAAGACGCCGCAGGAGCGCCAGCUGGGUCAGCUGGGCGCCGAAUGGCUGGAUAUGCAGUUCGGCACCGGUUCCAUCAAGAUUGGUGUCUCCUUCGUCGAGAACAAGCAGCGCAGCAUGAAGUUGGAAGACUUCGAGUUGCUGAAGGUUGUGGGUAAGGGUAGUUUCGGCAAGGUCAUGCAGGUCAUGAAGAAGGAUACGGGUCGGAUUUACGCCCUCAAGACUAUCCGCAAGGCGCACAUCAUCUCACGGUCGGAAGUCACCCACACCCUCGCCGAAAGAUCCGUGCUCUCUCAAAUCAACAACCCCUUCAUCGUCCCUCUCAAGUUCUCCUUCCAGUCUCCGGAGAAGCUGUACCUCGUCCUUGCUUUCGUCAACGGCGGUGAGCUGUUCCAUCACCUUCAGCGCGAGCAGCGCUUCGAUAUCAACCGGGCCCGUUUUUACACUGCCGAGCUGCUCUGUGCGCUGGAGUGCCUGCAUGGUUUCAAGGUCAUCUACCGUGAUCUCAAGCCUGAAAACAUUCUUCUGGAUUACACUGGCCACAUUGCUCUGUGCGACUUUGGUCUGUGCAAGUUGGACAUGAAGGAUGAGGAUCGCACAAACACGUUCUGUGGUACCCCUGAAUACCUCGCACCCGAGCUUUUGCUUGGAAACGGAUACACAAAGACCGUUGACUGGUGGACGCUGGGUGUCCUCCUUUACGAGAUGUUGACGGGUCUUCCCCCCUUCUACGACGAAAACACCAACGAUAUGUAUCGGAAGAUCCUUCAGGAGCCCCUGACUUUCCCCAGCACGGACAUUGUUCCCCCGGCCGCUCGGGAUCUGCUGAGCCGACUGCUUGAUCGCGAUCCUCAACGUCGGUUGGGAGCUAACGGCGCAGCGGAGAUCAAGUCGCACCACUUCUUCGCUAACAUCGAUUGGCGCAAGCUUCUCCAGCGGAAGUACGAGCCCAGCUUCCGUCCGAACGUGAUGGGCGCUCGCGAUAUCACCAACUUCGAUCGGGAGUUCACCUCCGAAGCACCGCAAGAUUCGUACGUGGACGGCCCCAUGCUGUCACAGACUAUGCAGCAACAAUUCGAAGGCUGGUCUUACAACCGCCCGGUUGCCGGUCUUGGCGACGCCGGUGGCAGUGUCAAGGAUCCCUCUUUUGGUAGCAUCACCGAGUAAAAAAGCUGAUAUAUCAUCAAUCGACUCACUUGAACACCAUACGUCCCUUCAAGACAUAAAGGGAAAUUGUUUGAGACAAUUUCUUGCUUUUUCACCUUUACUCGUGCAUAUUCUCUGCAUAGCUCGAGCACUUGCUUCACUGCUGGUUCUCCCUGUU